AUGAAUGAAACAAAGGAACAGCUUAUGCCCGACAUUGAAAUUAACUCAAUCAGUUACUUACCAAUGUCUCCAGAACAGUAUGAACGCUUUCAGCAAGCUACUCAUGACGACCCAGAACUGCAAACAUUACAGGCCGUUGUAAAAUCGGGAUGGCCCAACACCAAAGAUAGCAUACCGAACUCAACCUACCCUUACUGGCCAUUCAGAGACGAGAUUACAUGUAUCGAUGGACUGAUGUUUAAGGGACAAAAAAUCAUUGUACCAUCAACACUACGGAAAGAAAUGCUAGAUCGUAUACAUAGCUCUCACCUUGGAACAGUGAAAUGCAAAAGUAGAGCUAGAGAAACAUUAUACUGGCCAGGAAUGACAUCAUCGAUUCAAGAGGUAGUUGAAAGAUGUUCAAUUUGUGCGUUGAACAGCAAAUCAAACCCCAAAGAACCAAUGCUAGAGACAGAAACACCAUCUCGUCCAUGGUCCAUCAUAUCAACUAAUUUAUUUGAUUUCAAAGGACAUUCAUACUUGGUAUGUGUUGAUCAUUUUUCAAAGUGGCCUGAAUUUGCAAAACUUGAAAACCAAACCAGCGACAACACCAUCCUACACCUGAAAGGUAUUUUUUCUCGAAUCGGGAUACCAGACAAGCUAAUAUCCGACAACGGACCGCAGUUCGCUUCUGCAAAUUUCCGAGAAUUUGCUAAAGACUAUGGUUUUGUGCACAAGACAACAAGCCCGCACUUCCCGCAGGCGAAUGGACAAAUAGAACGUACUGUCCAAACAGUAAAACAACUGUUGCGGAAAUCAACUGAUCCAUACAAAGCCAUACUUGCAUACAGAAAUACUGCCAUCGACAUGCUAGGAAAGUCUCCAGCACAACUAUUCUUCAACAGACGUCUGAAAACCGACUUACCUGUAGCAUCACCUCUGUUGGAACCAAACUCUGUUGGCAUGCAAGAAGUUCAAGAGCGACUGAAAACUCGCAAAUACCAGCAAAAACUAUACUACGAUGCUCAUGCUGGAAAGGAAUUACGUGAUCUCUAUCCUGGAGAAACCACAGUUAUGCGACACGACAACAAAUGGACUCCCGCCGUAGUCGUACAACAGCACAGCUCUCCAAGAUCGUAUAUUCUCCAAGCACAGUCCGGAAAACGGUACCGACGAAACAGACGUCAUAUCAGACCAACCUCUGCGACGUUCCCAGACAAACCUGAAGUUGAUGAACCGAUUCUCCCUCCUCCGUCAGAGAAAUCCAAUGAACCGUUCCAAUCGAAUGCUGGACAAACCGCUAUCGAGAAACCGUCUCAGGAAGUUGAACCGUCCAAUCCGACAAUAUCCGUCCCGAGUACCACCUGCACUAGAUCCGGGAGGAAUGUGGUGUGUCCAUCCAAAUUCAAGGAUUUUGUGAAAUAA